UGACCUCAUCCCACCAAAAGACGAUGCCCUGGCUCCGCCCCCUCUCGCUCGUCUCCCAUUGGCCGACGUCUCCCCCUCGCCAUCGCGUCCUCCCGCCCGCUGCCCACUUUUUUUUUUUAAUGCUGAUUGAAAAGAAGAAAGAACAAGUGGGAUGUAAUCUGGCGUGACGCCGCUAAUCCCACCGCUACAAAUUACAGGAACCCGUCGCCCACGCACACACACUCGCAUCCACGGGGACGCCGGCCACUUCACGGGUGAGACUCCUCUCCUCUUCCUCCUCUCUUCUUCAUCAGGUGGCGUACGAUUUCAUUCUGUCGAUCCUCUGGUUUUCUUUCUUUCUUUCUUUUUAAGUGGCAUAAACUCUUUUUUAAAGUGUGUUUCCUGCUGCCUUUGACUCGUGUCGUUGAGCUCGUGUCCCGAGUUGUGAGAUCUAAAUGUGAAGGGGAUUAAAGUGGACUACAGGGUGCCGUUUGUUCCUCUUGUGUUCUUCUUAAUCCCCCAUCCCGUCUUUCUGCUGCAGACGGUACGACGCCGACAUACAGAGCAGAAGACAUGGCCGUGGUGAGUGGAACGUACCGCAUGGUGUCGGAGGAGGAGCAGGCUCUGAGGGCCAAGCUGGAGCGGCUCACCGUCAAGGACCACGGGCCCGUGUUUGGACCCUGCGCCAGCCUGCCGGACCACACCAAGCAGAAGGCCAAGGACGAGCUGAACGAGACGGACGAGAAGAAGGUCGCCGCGGCGAAGGAGCUGCGCGGCAUCGUGAAGGAGAAGGCCGAGGCCGGCGACGAGCUGGCCAAGGGGGUUCUGGACACGUUCGGGGAGAAGCCCGACAGCCUGCUGGUCCGCUUCAUCCGGGCCCGGAAGUACGACGUGCCCAGAGCCUUCGACCUCAUGAAGGGCUACGUGCGCUUCAGGAAGGCGUACCCCGAGCUGUUUGAGAGCCUGACCCCCGAGGCCGUGCGCAGCACCAUCGAGGCCGGCUACCCCGGCGUCCUGCCCAGCCGGGACAAGUCCGGCCGCGUGGUUCUGCUCUUCAACAUCGAGAACUGGGACUACGAGGAGAUCACCUUCGACGAGAUCCUGCGUGCCUACUGCGUGAUCCUGGAGAAGCUUCUGGAGAAUGAGGAGACUCAGAUCAACGGCUUCUGCAUCAUCGAGAACUUCAAGGGCUUCACCAUGCAGCAGGCGGCGGGAAUCAAACCCACGGAGCUCAAGAAGAUGGUGGACAUGUUGCAGAAUUCGUUCCCGGCUCGGUUCAAAGCCGUGCACUUCAUCCACCAGCCGUGGUACUUCACCACCACAUACAACAUGGUCAAACCGCUCAUGAAGAGCAAGCUGCUGGAGAGAGUGUUCGUCCACGGGGACGAGCUGGAAAACUACUACAAGGAGUUCGAUGCCGACAUCCUGCCCUCCGAGUUCGAUGGAAAAGGCUCAAAGUACGACGGCAAGGCCACGGCGGCCAAGCUGUUCGACUGAAGAGGAAGAAAACACCCUCUGGCCUCCCUCUGCGCCACCAGCCAUCACACGGCCGGGGGCCCAGAGUGGAGCCGCGAGGCCGUCGGAAGAAAAGUAAUGAGUGAGAGUGUGGAGCGCGUGUUGCGUUCAAGAGCUCCGCACAAAGGCCGACAGAACGCCGCUCUCUGCUCCAACCGUUUGGUGGUUCUUUACUUUGUGUCGUUGCGGAGAUGUUUAAAUCAAUAACUGCACACUGAUUUAGAGGUUUGAUUGUUCUUCCAUGUUUACGAUGUCCUACCUUGAGGCAGCCACUGAUCAACAGAGUGAAAAUCAACCUUCGUAGUUUAAAGACUUUUAAAUGAGACGAAUGAACUUGUGAUGCGUAAAAAAGAAAAGUGUUACAUCUGCUUUUGCCCAUUGAAGCAGUUUUGUGCAGGCGGGGUUUGGAUGCCUCCUUGUUGUUGUUGUUUUUGAAAAGAUUAGAUUCACAAUGUUCUUUUCAGGGUCCGUUGGUUCUCACGGAUUCACCAACACGAGACCUCAGAGGUCGCCGAAGGUCACCAACAAGGUCGUUACUGUAAUGAAAUCAUAAGCGGCGGCGCGUGUUCCUCCUCUGCAUCCUCGGCACAUUUCCAAGUAAAUUUAAGAAUUGAAGUGAGUGGCAGGUCUGGGAGGCGGGGCUUAAUCUAAAAGCACGGGUGGGAAAUAGUCCUCGCUGUAAAGUUUACAUGAUGUGAAGUUCACGAGCAAAAAUAUAAUAAUGCAAAAGCCAGUCAGAUACAUUAAAGUUUGUUAAUGUCAUGAGGUCUCAGCGCUCCUUCAGACACUAGUGCCUCUCGCUCUCUGUUCUUCUAUAUGAAUAUUAUGUUUCACCCGGUACACCCACAAAAAAAAGUACAAUAAACUGUAUAUAAGUUGUAGUCUUUGCAUUAAUUUUGCAAAUCUAAACUGUUAGUGGAUUUGAGUUAAAUGCUGAACUUAAAAAGAGGACAUGUGCUAAUUUUCAGGUACAAAUUUGAGUUUUGAGGGUUUCUACCAGAAUAUGUUCGUCUCAAAUGUGGUGCCUGUCUCUUUAAGAGGCACGGUGGGAAGUUUCCCCUUGAAGCUGACGCUGAAACUGGAAGAAAAAUGUCACUAGUAGGUUUUGGGCAUCAAAAUAUUUUUAGAACGUUUUAAAUGUUACCCAGAUGGAGGAAAAGUUAUGAGUUAUAUUCAGGGUUCAUAUUCAUGUUGACCAAAGGAUGUCAAGGAUUUUAAACCAAAUUUCCAUCACCAAACAUUUUGUGAAAUCUCGAUGUAUACACGAGUAUAUCCAUUAAAUGACCAAUUAAUGAGACAAUAGUUUGAUUAAAAGAAUACAUAUUUAUAUACAUGUUUAUUCUUUUAAUCAAACUGUGUAAAUGAACAUAAUACAUUUCUGUGACUUUUCCAAAACUUGAUAAAAAGAAUGUCUGGAAAUAAACAUUUCUUUGAAAUUU